GGAGAAAAAGAUCUUCUCAGUGCAGGGCCCCUACCCUGUGAUGCGCAGGCUGCUGCGGGCACGAGGCUGGGUGGAGAAGUUCUCCACCACCACCAAAGUGGGCACUCGCUCAGUGCAGCAGGACACCAAAAAGCAGCUGGAGGAGAAGGUGGAGGACAGUGGUGGUGAGGAGCAAUGGGAGGCAGUGCUCCAUGCAGAGCCAGGUUCGGCGUCCUGUUGGACUCAGCACUGGGUCCAGAUGUUGGAGGAGGAGGAGCAGGAGGAGGUCCCGUGGUAUGCUGAGGACCCUGAUGGCAUCCAUGACAUCAUGUCCUCCAUGGUGCGAGACCAAAUGCCGACAUUCAUCUGGACAAGCCGGCGCAGUGCUGUACGCUACUGGCAGCUCCAGGACCACCAAAUGGUAAACCACUUCAAGGGCACUGGAGCCUUCACCACCAAGGAGGGGCUGUGUGUCAACCUCCAAAACCUGCCCUCAUUCUACCAAGCGGAUCCCACCACCUUCUUCCCAAGGUGCUACCGGCUUGGGAAUGAGGAUGAACGUCAAGCCUUCAUCGAGGAUUUCCGCCUGACAGCAGCUCACAGCCUGCUCAAACUGGCUGUGGAGAAGCCUGGCAUCAUGCAAGGGGUGAUGGAGUCACCUGGCAAGGGGGCAGGUCCAGUAUCCCCAUCACCCCCUGAGCUGCUGGAGAAAGCACUGCAGGUCUGCAGAUUGCAGCUGGACAGGCUGGAGCACACAGACAUUGACAGGGACUCCCCAGUGCUCCGUGUCACCAACGCCGACUGGGACUGCUUCCUGCAUGAGUACUACCGUGUGGUGAACGAGCAGGCAAGGCUGGAGUCCAGCAUCCAUCAGCAGGAACAGUGCAGGGCACUGCUACAGAAGCUGCAGGAGCGGCUGCCCCAGCUCCACAUAGAGGGCGUUCACAAUCUGUGGAUAAUCAAGCCCGGAGCUAUGUCCCGUGGUAGAGGCAUCACCUGCUCGGCACGGCUGGAGGAGAUCCUGGAGCUGCCUGGGAAACCCGCAGCGCCCUCAGCGCAGCCAGGACAAUGGAUAGUACAGAAAUACGUGGAGCGGCCGCUGCUCAUCUUCGGCACCAAGAUUGACCUGCGGCAAUGGAUCCUGGUGACUGACUGGAACCCGCUGACCAUAUGGUUCUACCGGGACAGCUACGUGCGCUUCUGCUCCCAGCCCUUCUCCCUGAGCCACCUACACGCCUCCCGGCACCUCUGCAAUGUGUCCAUCCAGAAGCAGUGGAGGCAGGCUGGGGGCCGCAACCCCAAUCUGCCCUGUGACUUGAUAUGGUCCAGCCACCAGUUGCAGCUUCACCUACAGCAAGUGGGGCACACGGAGGCCUGGGAGAUCAUAAUUGUUCCAGGCAUGAAGGAGGCAGUGGUGGCUGCCCUGCACAGCGGCCGGGAGCUGGUGAGAGACCGCAAGGGAAGCUUCGAGCUCUACGGGGCCGAUUUCAUGUUCGGGGAGGAUUGCCAGCCGUGGCUGCUAGAGAUCAAUGUCAGUCCCACCAUGGCGCCCUGCUCAGCAGUGACCCGACUGCUCUGCGCCGCCGUCCAGCGUGACAUACUGCGUGUGGUCCUGGACCACAGGGAGAACCCCGGCUGCUCCACUGGAGCCUUUGAACUCAUUUACAAAGAGGCCAUUGUGUCAGUGCCUCCCUGCCUGGGACUGAAGCUGGUGGUGGAAGGCUACUCACUAAGGAAGCCCCAGCUGCAAAAAAAACCACAGGACAAACUCCCCACCAUCCUGCCUCUUGUCCGCCCAGUGGUGCCCAAGCCUCCAGUGGGCUCCAGACCACUUAUGAACACCAAAUUACCUGUGAUGCCCAAGCCAGCCGUGGUACCCAGGCCUCCUAUGGUGGCCAAACCACUUAUGUACAAGUAUCCCAUGAUCACAAAGCCCAUUAUAGAGCCCAAGCCUCCUGCAGGGCUCAGGCCUCCAGAUAUCUCCAAACCACUUAUGGGCACCAAGUUACCUGCGCUGCCCAGGCCUCCAGUGGUUUCCAACCCACUUAUGGACAGCAAGCCUGCUGUGGUGCCAAAGCCUCCAGUGGUGCCUAAGCCAUUCAUGAUCACCAAGCGUCCUACAUUCACCAAGCCCCUGGUCAGAGACCAAGACUCCAGUGCUGCCGAGGCCUCUAGUGGUACAUAA